CGCGGCUACUGAGGCCCUUGUCCCCGGCAGCCUUUCCUGCGACCCGCAGUCAGGCACGCGGUGGAGGAGGUGCGGCUUGGCGGGAACGCGGGGAGGGCGUGCAGCCUGCUGUCCUGGCGGUGGGAGCGGGUGGGAGCCUGAGUCCUGCCCCGGCAGUGGAGCGGAGCAGAAGGUGGCGGGGCCCGGCGGGGCCGCGAUGAAGCCCGGCAGCGAAGACGAGGCGGUGCGGGGCGCCGGCCCUUGGGAGGAGUGCUUCGAGGCAGCGGUGCAGCUGGCGCUGCGGGCGGGACAGAUCAUUAGAAAAGCCCUUACUGAAGAAAAGCGUGUCUCAACAAAAACAUCCGCUGCAGAUCUUGUAACAGAAACAGAUCACCUCGUAGAAGAUUUAAUUAUUUCUGAGUUGCAAAAGCGGUUUCCUUCACAUAGCAGGUUCAUUGCAGAAGAGGCCACAGCCUCCGGGGCCAAGUGUGUGCUCACCCACAGCCCGACCUGGAUCAUCGACCCCAUCGACGGCACCUGCAACUUCGUGCACAGAUUCCCCACAGUGGCAGUUAGCAUCGGAUUUGCUGUUCACCAAGAGCUGGAAUUCGGAGUGAUUCAUCACUGCACAGAGGAGCGGCUGUAUACCGGCCGGAGGGGCCAGGGUGCCUUCUGCAAUGGCCGGCGGCUCCAGGUCUCCAGGGAGACAGAUCUCUCAAAGGCCUUGGUUCUGACAGAAAUCGGGCCCAAGCGUGACCCUGCUACUCUGAAGCUAUUCCUGAGCAACAUGGAGCGGCUGCUGCACGCCAAGGCUCAUGGGGUCCGAGUGAUUGGAAGCUCAACUUUGGCCCUUUGCCACCUGGCCUCAGGAGCUGCCGACGCCUACUACCAGUUUGGUCUUCACUGCUGGGACCUGGCAGCUGCCACAGUCAUCAUUAGAGAAGCAGGUGGCAUUGUGAUAGACACCUCAGGCUCAAGUCUGCUCAUUGGUUCCCAGCGAGUGAUGGCUCCUACAUCAUACACCCAAGAAAGAUGCUUGGAGCACAUGAAAAGGCAGAUUGGCCUCUCCCAGACCUACUGAGUCAGAGAAGAACCUUCAUCCCUCUAGGCCACAGCAGUCUUCUGCCUGAUCAAGUACAGGAUGAACUGCUCCCCAUCUUGUCUUAUCUUGUUUUGCAUUUCACAGACCCCUGCAUUUAACCAGCAUGUUGCUGAGACAGGGCAGCUUCAGAGCUCGGGUCUGUGUAGCCUUGGCCACGUUCCCCCUGGGGCAGAGCGGGUAGCAAAGAGGCAUCAUGCCUCCCUCUGCCAGGUUCAUUUCUUAGCCACCUGCUGGGUACAAACCCUGUUACUCCACCUCAGUCCUGGGGGCUGUUUUCCUCGGUGUACAUGUAUAUGAGAAGUUGCUGUGCCGGACUGUUCUGCCAGACUGUUCUGCAACCUCCUAUAACCUGGAUGUUUGCUUUCUCCUCUCUGUCCACACAGGUGGACCACUUGACCUCAUGUCUUGCAGAGUGGUUGCUGCUGGCACCCGAGAGAUGGCAAUGCUCAUAGCUCAGGCCUUACAAACUAUUAACUAUGAGCGGGAUGAUGAGAAGUGAGCAGCACAUGGAGCAGUGGGGCCCCAAAGGGCCUUCCUGCAAGGCUCAAGUUCAGCGGCUCCCUGAGAAAAGGCUGCCCAGGUGGCCUGUCUUCUGAGACAAGUGUCUGCUACCCCAAAGGGAGGUGUCACACUGACAUGUGUGACUAGCUCUCUGAAUCACAGCUCUCUCACUGGGACUUGGUGCUUAGCUGGUUUCUCUCUAAUCUCACAUAGCCCUUUUCAGGUCGGUACAUGUUCUUCCAUGAGGGCCAAAUCCAAAUCUCUUAUGAGGUGUAGGUUAGUGAUUCAGUCUCAUUGCUUUUCCAGAAUGCAAAUCUCAGGUAAUAAAGCUUUAGAACUUGUUCUUGGGCCCUCCCUACCCGUGGUACUACAGAAUGCAAUAAAUCAGAAUUACAGUGUUCUGCCCUUCUGUUC